AUGGCGGGGGCCUCUGCAAACGUGGUGCAGGUGCAUGGAGCCUCUCGGCAUGGUGCGUUUGCCGGCCAGGCGAGGCCAUUCCUGUCCCUGAACCCCCAGGAGGACGCCAAGUUUCAGAAGGAGGUGGCGCGGGUCUGCUGGCACGCCAGGCAGCAGCAGAAGCAAGAAAAAUUGACUCCUGGAGCCAUCUGUGUGGGUCACGUGCCCCCAGCACUUUACAAAACCCAGAUCCGAGACUAUUUCUCCCAGUUUGGCACUGUUACAAGAUUCAGGCUGUCCAGAGGUAAAAGGACUGGAAAUAGCAAAGGCUAUGUCUUUGUGGAGUUUGAAUCUGAAGAUGUUGCCAAGAUUGUUGGUGAAACAAUGAACAACUACCUUUUUGGUGAAAGACCCUUAAAGUGUCAUUUCAUACCACCUGAAAAAGUGCCCAAGGAACUUUUUAAAGAGUGCCACAUGCCAUUUAAGAAGCCGUCCUAUCCAGCAGUGAAGCGGGACCAUCAGAGCCGGACGCUCCUUCAAAAGCUACACAUGGAGGAGCCGUUUAAAAAGAAAGAAAAAUUGCUCAAGAAGAGAUUAGCUAAGAAAGGAAUUGAUUAUGAUUUUCCUUCAUUCAUGAUACAUAAAAGGGAAAAAAAUGCUUCAAACACCAAUCUUCAGACAUCUACAAACAGCCAGGGUUUUUCUAAGAAGAAGAAUCAAAAGAAGGCUUCAGGCCCUCUGAAAAUUCCUGAGAAGACAGUGGAUACCCAGCUGGGCCCCACACCAGUUUGUACACCAACAGUUUUGGAGAAAUGAAAAUCUGAAGCAGCUGAGAUGGAUGAUGACAACAAAGAUAAUGAAAUGGUUUUCACAGAGCCCACAGCUGGUGUAAAAGAAAUUCAGGACAAAUCCCUACACGCUCUUGGACAAAAAGAUGAAGAAAAAGUAGUCAGUGCUUCUGAAUACAUGAUGUAUAAUAUUUCUUCUGAAAUGUGA